CUACAUUAUGCGCUCCACACUCCUAUCCAGUAGGUGGCGGAAAUGCACCAUAUAAGUUGGUCUGCCAACCACCAUUAACCCCAUAAGAAGAAGAAGAAGAACACAAAGAAGAAGAGGAAGUUUUGCAGUUUGCAUUAUUGAUAUUUUAAUUAGCCAAAAUGAGCAACUCACAACCUUACAGACGCUUUAGUGAUGAAAAUUACAAAAACUGGCUAAAAAUAGCAGAGAGUCUUCACAUACUGCGAAACAGCAUGCAGGACUUUAUUGAAAAGGAAACUGAAACUUAUCACAAGGCUCUGCUAAACAAACAGCAGCUCAGUGGACAACGUUGUGAGCAAACCUGCAAAAAUAAUAAGUCUCUCUGCCAAUUGUGUGAAUAUUGGAAGAAUGAAAUUGUGGCCAAUCACAACGAGGGUGGUAGAAAUGUACACUGGGACAAUUGCCGGCCACAUCUAUGGGCCACAAAAAAAUGGGAAGUUGCAAAGGUAAGUACAUUUUAUCGUUAAAAACAAUCACCUGUUGCGUUAACUUGUUGUAUAUUUGCUGUCAGUAAACAAAUCUAUGUCCAUUAUAUUUUUGACUGCGUGUUUUUCAUACUUUUAUCGACAGGCAUACAUGCCACGUGGACACAAACAGCAUUGUGAGUUUGCCCAGUUUGAUAUUUCUGCCAUUCUUAACUUUCUGAGUGCCUGUAAGCAUUUCAAGCCAUUUUUGACUAAAGGGGAAAAUGUGAAAAAGGUUAUAAAUGUACGGAAUGUUGUGAUGCACUCCCCUGACCUUAAAAUGAACAAUGAGGAUAUGAACAGACACCUUGAAACAAUUUUCCAGUUUGCCGAUAUGCUUAAUUCCAAGGUAUCAGCACUCUCAGUCUUGAGAGAGAAGAUAGAACAGUUUAACAACAUUUUGGACAAGAAUUUCAAUCAAACAGAAGUAGAUGGUCAACAUAAAGAUCUCAAGACCAUGGUAGACUUCCAGGAAGUUCUGAACCGUGAGCAACAAGCCUUGAAAGACAGGAUUGAAUACUUGAUCACACACUUUGAAGGGAACCUUGAUAAAAAUGAAAAUUCCCCGGACAUGACUACUCUCAUGGAGUUUUUGCACCAAAACAAAGAUCUUCUGGAGAAUCUAGGCCCUGAAGUUUACAAACUUAAAGGGAUGCAAACAAAGUUAAAUCAGCAUGAGAAACAGAUCAACAACUUGACAAACAGAGUGGACCAAUUAGAAAAGGUGAAAGAGACCACAAAUACAGCUGGACAAUCAAGCAGUCAAAUAACAAAUUAUUCCAAGUUUAUCAAAGACAACAGAAGUUGGUUGAUUAACACUGUGAAGAACAUUGAUCAAAUUCUGGAUGAUCUCUCUGAGUUACACAGUGAAUCAGUUGCAAAAGUGAGAGCAAAGCAAACAAAACAAGCGAUGAUGAGGGAACUGCUUCUGUACGUGAAUUGUGAAAGUAUUGCUAAAGACCUGUUUAAUGCUUUGUUAAAGCAUGAAAAACAUCCUAUGGAGGAACGGCUCAAGGGCUUAUAGGAGCCCAUAAUCAUGUCCUGUGGGGAGACACAUCACCAGUCAGCCUUGCAUAUAAUUGAACAAGCUCUUAAUCGCCAAAGACACUUGAAGCAAAAACCUGUGCACAGCAACGGAACGCACUUGUUUGUCUAUUGUUUUGUUACAGGGAUGCAUUCAUUACAGUUAUGGAAAGUGCAAAUUUUGCCUGCAUGAAAGAAAUCUCAUAUAAAGAUUUAAUAUAUGGCAACACAAGCAAAUCACAUAUGAUACACAAGUUCAUGUUUGGAUUUCACAGAUAUAAAAUGUCAUAUAAGCACACGCUAUGUGCAACAUGUAUUGCAAAUCAGCAGUUUAUAUAUACUUUUUUCAACCAUUAAACAUGUACAUACAGUAUAUGUUGAAAUACAUUAGCUACAAAGAAAGCAGAGGUAACAGGAAUGAAGUUGAUCAGAUCUUUGAUGUUAAUGUGGCAGGAUUACAUCUUACAGUAUAAGCACAGGGUAGAUUUUUAUUGAGUUUAAUAAUUGGAUGUCAAUAUAACCUAACAUCUCGAGUGCAUAAAGUGGCAAUCAUCUUGUAUAAGAUUGUAGAAUAGUUUGUACUUUUUCAUGUUUUUAUAUAUACUGGUUCUCAGUUUUAAAUAAAUAUCAGUUUAUUUUGUUCAUACAUGA